UACACAAGAACGAACGGAUCAGUUAGAUGAAGUAUAUCUUCUGCCGCAGCGAAUCCUCGAGCCAGUUCCUCGAGCGAAAGAGUACGAUCAAGGCUGUUAUCAAGGAUGCUGCGGAACGUGCUGACCGUCUCACCGUUAUUACUAGUGUUGAUCCUGUUCUCGACACGCGGAGAAUACGUCGGAGAGAGAUGCACUAUCGAGAAUCAAGGUGCCCCAUCCACUUCGGGCAUAUGUAAGCUUUUGCAAGAUUGUCCCGUAGUUUAUCAACAAUUGUUGGAGGGCAAAUUGCCUAGUAAAGCCUGUGGUUACUUGGGUAUCGAUCCGAUAAUUUGUUGUCCAACGACAAACCACGAUACCAAUAAACCAACACCAACACCGACACCAACACCAACACCAACACCAACAUCAAAACCUGUCGUUCAACCCGGCACGGUGCAGCCCUUGAACUUGAAGGAUAGAGGAGCAGUAGCACGAGCAAAAUGCAUGGAAAGUGCGCAAGCUGUGUAUGGUUUCAAGAUACCACCUACACCGACAGUUAAUCGUAAACCUAUAAAUGUGUCACUAUGUACUUUGAAAUCGCAAAGGUUGAUUGUCGGUGGCAAGAAAGCCGAUCCAAAAGAAUUUCCGCACAUGGCAGCCGUAGGAUUCGACGGCGGCAAUGGACGUGUCCUGUGGCAGUGUGGAGGUACUCUGCUUUCUUCCAGGAUUGUCUUGACAGCGGCUCACUGCACUUGGACGUUGGAUUGGGGAAAUCCAAAGUGGGUACGAGUUGGUGAUCUGAAUCUCGAACGGACGGAUGACGAUGCGGCGCCUGAGACUAUCGGAAUCGAAAAAAUAAUAAAUCAUCCCGACUACAAACGUCCAGCUGAAUACCACGAUAUAGCCAUAUUGCGAUUGGAAAGAGAAGUAACUUACAAUGAGUGGGUCAGACCAGCGUGUCUUCCUGUCGACUGGCCUGACGUGGGUUCUGAUAAUAAGACCGUCGCCACUGGAUGGGGUUUGGUCGAUUGGGCUGAAGACAAGGGCUCAGAGAAUCUGCUCAAAGUAACACUCCAUUUGGUCCCACAUCGUCCUUGCAAUGAGAGCUAUUACGACGAUGGUACUAACGCGAAGCUUCCAAGAGGCGUUGACAACGAAUUGCAAAUGUGUGCUGGAGAAACCGGCAAAGACACCUGCCAGGGUGACAGUGGAGGGCCACUCGCCGUCUUCAGCAAGGUUCACGACUGCGUCUACAAUGUAGUCGGAAUCACCAGUCUCGGACGAUUUUGUGGCAGCAGCGUGCCCGGCGUGUACACCCGAGUCUACCAUUACAUUCCUUGGAUAGAGAGGAUCGCGUGGCCAGAAUACUUUUCUUAAUGUAUUUUUUUAAAUAAAUUUUUUUAUACGAGGAAAAGAAUCUGCUUAUUUAAUUCUCUUGUAAAUUUUCACGUGUGAUUCUGAAUGUUAUCACGUCUUAUCUUACCGUCAGUAAUGUAACACUCGAACUAAUCUUUAUAAUAUAUUUUAGAAUUCAUUGAUUUUUAAA